CUCAUACUUGCCACUGCUCUCUUGUACCGGCACGGCAGCCAUGUCGACGUCGAAUAAAAUGGAUGAUUUGGAGCGUGCGAUCUUCGGCGGGGAGUCCGACGACGAGUUGUCCGCACCGGAGGAGGAUGAUGUCCCGCAAAAACGUGCAAAGCGGGCGUCGCCGAUGGGCGAUGAGGAAGAGUCGUCAGCGGACUCCGGCGACGAAUACGUACAGGAGCGGCGCGCACCGAAGGCCAAGGCCAAGGCGCCGCGGAGGAGGCGGAGGACGGACGCUGGUGAGGACGGGGAGUCGAGGCCGAAGCAACGGAAGAGGAAGCGAAAGCAGCAGCUGGGGGACAUCGACCUGAGCCAGCUGCCGCCUGAGCAGGCUAACAAGGUGAAGCUGGACAUGCAGAUUGAGGCCAUCCUGAAGCCGAAGAAGGCGUCGCGGCCAAAACGGAAGAGAAAGGACGAGGAUGACGUGCUGGACCGAGUGGCGGACGAAGAGGUCUCGCGGCUCCGGGAGGCGAUGAUAGCGGCUGCCCAAGACGACGAGCAGGCGAACAGGGAGAAGCUCCCCGCUAUGGCUAAGCUAAGGCUCCUGCCGCAAGUGAUGGAGGUACUGCGAAAGAAUUCGCUUGCAGAGUCUAUUGCAGAUAACAAUUUACUCGAGGGUGUGCGGAAAUGGUUAGAUCCUUUGCCUGACCGCUCCCUCCCGGCCCUCGACAUCCAAAGGGAGUUCUUCCCCAUCCUCAAGAAGAUGGAAUUCAUCGACACGAGCGUGCUGAAAGAGUCCGGCAUCGGCCGUGUCAUCGUUUUCUAUACAAAAAGCAAGCGUGUCACCCCCGACAUUCAACGCCUCGCACACGACCUUGUCUCUACCUGGUCGCGACCGAUCAUCAAGCGCAGCGCGUCCUACCGCGACCGUAUCGUCCCGACCGCGCAGAUCGGCGACGGCGAUGCUGCCUCGCGCGGGCCAGAGCGGCUCAACACGAUUCUCGCGCGGGCGAAGGAGAGCGAUAAGAACCGCGUGCGGAAGAACGCGGUCAUGAUCCCGCAGCGCGAGCUGGGCAGCUACACCGUGGCGCCGCGCUCGAACGUGGGCCUCUCCAAGGGCAGCAUGAGCGUCGACGUGGAUAUCGAGCGGCGGAAGAAGAACGCGGAGCGGCUGAGGACGCUGACGAGGAAGAUCCAGACGAAGUCGUGAGCACGGAGCUGUCAUUCCUCGUCCCUUGUUCUGCAUUCUGUUCCCUUGUAUUUUUUCUUACGUCCUUAUCUAUAUUCUUUAUGUUCAUUGGACUUAUGUGCUGUGGUCUUGUGUGUGCCCCCUUGUACUUUCUGGGUAUGCAACCGCAAACUGCCGUAUCGAUUGCAAUCGAGCGCCGUGUCCAGUCUUAAAGCUUAACUAUCGGC